AUUUUAAAACUCAAAUAAGGCCCCUAGAUUUGCCCUCUUAAUAUGUAUUUAACCAUGUGACCAACCACACAGACUCGAGGGGAGCUCAGGUUCUGCGGUCACGCCCACUGCUCCAUCUAUUUAUAAUCUACUCAACUGCUAUGUUCCUCUCCUUGUUGGCCUUGAUCUUUUGUUGCGUUUGUUGUUUUUGUCACACGGCCCCUAAAUAGCUUCUGACGGGACCCUGAAGGCCUUCCACGCAUGAAUCUUUCACUCUUAUUUGUAAUCUACUCCAUGCUGUGUGGAGAGUGUUUUUGCCCGAGCCAGCUGCUGUUGCUUAUGUCAUGGAAGAAUUGAGCCCAACGCAACUAGCUGUCAAGCAGCUGAAGAAACGCUACCUGGAGGCCUUGCAGAGCAACAACGCUCAGGAAGUUGUUAGCAUUCUGCGCACCAAGAAAAUCGAUAUAGACACUGUACUGGAGGUGGACGACCCUGGCAUGGUUCUGGCUUCUUAUAAACAAGGCUAUUGGCUGCCAGGUUACAAACUGGAGAAGUCCUGGGCGAUGGGCCUUCAUGUUUGCGUGAUGUACAACGCUUUGGAAACUGCACUGGUGCUCCUUCAGGAAGGCGCCGCUGUCAACCGGAUGCCCAACGGGAAGACGCCGCUGCACGUGGCCUGCGAGCUGUCCAGCGCCGAUUUUGUGAGUCUGCUUCUAGCACAUGGGGCAAAGGUCAACAUCUUGUCCCUGAGCGGACAUACGCCGCUGCAUUAUUGCAUCAACAAAGAGUCGAUGGACUGCGCCAAAUUGCUCGUCCUUAAAGGUGCAAAUGUGAGUAUGCCCAGUCAAAACAACGAGGAGGACACACCACUACAUACAGCAGCCAGAUUUGGGAUUCCGGAAUUGGUGGUGCUCUAUUUGGCCCAUGGAGCCCCUGUGGAUUUAAUCAACGCCUUCCGGGAAACCCCACUGCUAACUGCUGCCUUUUGGGCUUUUGAUACCAAACGGCAAACCUACAGCCAAGAUCAUCAUCUCGUCUGCCGGCUACUCUUGGACCACAAAGCAGACGUCAACCUUCAAGAGGAGGACAAUAAAACCGCCCUUCACAAGGCUGCCUGGAACUGCGAUCACAUCCUGAUGCAGAUGUUUCUGGAAGCCGGAGCAGACACACGAGCCAUGGACAUCAACGGCUGCUCUCCCAUCCAGUAUCUCAUCAAAGUGACCGAUGUGAGACACACUGCCUUGCAUGAUAUCUGCUACCAACUCCUGCUCAACUACAAUGCAGCUAGGAUCUACCCACCCCAGUUUCACAAGGUGUUGCAGGCCUGCCACGACUACCCUAAAGUUAUUGAGAUCAUGGUCAACUCGUAUGAACAUCUAAAGCCGACAAGGAAGUGGAGAACUGCCAUUCCAGAUGACUGCUACAAGCGCCACACUGACUUUUACGACUCGUUGUUCGCGGUUUGCUCCAACAAUCCUCGGAGUUUGUUGCAUCUGACCAGAUGUGCCAUUCGAAGCAGUAUGGAAGGCUCCUGCCAAAGAGGUGUCCCGCCGCUUCCGUUGCCCUCAAGUAUUAAGAAGUACUUGUUGCUGGCACCUGAGGGGAUUUUGUAUUGACUAGCUGCCACACUGCUGCAUUACUAUACAGAACGUGUAUUUCUAAGUGUUUGAGAUGAACCCAACCAGCAUGGGCCAUGUCACAAAGUCUUCCAAAUGUAGUGUCAAACAGCUCUCAGUACAAAACGAGGACUGUCUCCUUAAACGCACCGCUAGAGCGCUGACACUUGUGAUAGCACGUAGCGUGUAGUUUCAUGUUUGUUUUUUUUAUCUUGUUUAAACGGUUAUAUUAGGUGAUUUUGCCAAAGAACAGACAAAAAAAAAAAGACACUUUGAACAGUGACAUGACAUUUUGUAUAGGGUUUUUAGGGGGAGUUACAGUAUAGUGAACUACGGCAUUUGAAAUGGAAACAGACAUUCAGAUUUGAGAAAAUAUACAGUACAUAUUCACUUAAAGGAUAUUACUGUGAAAAUAUAUUAACAGAUAUUUGUAGCGGUGAGCCCUCACAAGAAUUUAGGAGGAAAAAGUGUUUAGUUACAAGGCAGAUAAACAGUGGACACUAAAAGGGACCAAAACAUGCCUAGUUAUAUUGGUUACAGAGUUUGUUUUGUUCUUUUAACAAGUGAAGUCAUGAUAAAAACGAGCUAGAAAAGAGACAUUUUGUUUUUCUUGUGAAAAGGCUCAUUGAUACUGUACAUUUUAAUGGCUGUUAAAUGAGGCGAUUUCUAAUAUAUCACUAAAAACUGCACAUUUAUUACUUAGCAUGUUUGCUAUUACAGUAGUUACUUUUAAAGGCCAUUUGUUAUUAAAAAGCACUUGUUCUGCAAUAGGAAAGUGCACAUGCAACUCAAAUACAAUCCUCCACUUUCAAUUACGACAGUACCGACAAAUUACUUAAUAUACAAUACUCAUUUCAAACAAGCACAACGCGUUCUUCCUUCUGGAAUUGAACAUUCUUUGUUGUAUUCAGCAGCAUAAACAUCUCAGCUAGCUGGGUCCUUAUGUGUUCAUAACAAUUUUACCGAUGUUAAAAUACUAAAAUAUGUCACGACUGAGUUUACAUUCAAAGAUUUCUGAAACAUUCAAGUAGCAUUUUGUUCUUAACUGGGCUUGAAAUAGCAAAGCGAGUAACGGAAUUGGAAGGUAUGAUGUGAAAUGUGUGGGUUUUUUUUCCCCCCAAAGGUCUUUAAGCUUUAAAUUGUGUACAAAACUAAUAAUUCAAAAUAUUAUCCAAAACUAUAGAUGUACAGAUUGUGUGUUAUUAAUUGAGCCCUGAUAACUUAUACAUUACUUUAUAUUAAAGAUGCUAAAUGUAAAAUGCAAGGUAGUUGGUCCCGUCAGACUCUAAAUGCCUUAACACCGGUUUACCUGUACUUUCUGAGAAUUAUUGCAAUAAAGUCACCGGUAUCUAAAACUGUUAGUCUGUCAACAUUAAAAACACGUAAGAUAAUAAAGAUUUAUGGUCUAGUUAACUACAGUGAAAGAGAAAAGUGACUGGCUUUUACAAAUAGCACCUUUAAGACAUUAGUUUGUACAAAUUGUCACCUACCUGACUAUAUCGGGUGAUUCAACUUGUGUAAGAAAUAUUGGUGAUUUUGUGAAAACAAAAUAAAAAAAAAAACAACAACUUUUAUAGGGUGUACAUGUAAAAUUGAAAGUAGCAAAUACAUGCUUCUAAUUUUGAAAAAAUCUUGGCUCCUCUGGUUUGAGAUAAAUAAUAAAAUUUGGUUAAAAUCUGUUUGGAACUGGCCAAAUACGUUUACCCACUUGUGAUGUUUAGUUUUUUUUGUUUUCCAGUCCAUCAUGAGUGAGUCCUCUCGCUCCUACCCAGUUUCUUUGGUUCCUUGCUGGGCAUGCACCAAUCGUCGGCCUCUAUGGUGGACUGAUAAUGGCGAAGGGCUGACUUGUUGAACACGGGCAGCCUUUCCACCGACUCAGAUGAAAGCGCCUACGAAACAAUAACUUAGUUAUUAGCUCAAAAAUGGCGAUAGACGUCCAAUCCGUUUGGACUUGGAGGACUAACUUCCAGCUCAAAUGAACUGGACGUGUACUAGUGACAUUUAAAUUCAAAGCAGAACAAUGAAAAGAGCCACAUGAUUGGACAUCUAUCAUCGUCAAUGGCACUUAACCCUUAUCAAUCACAUAAUCAUUUCUGUGAUGUUGACAAAAGGGUACACCAGUUAUCAGCUGCAGAGUGUCUUGUGUUACAUAAGCCUGUGUACGUGAUCAGCUGAUGGUUAUUUUGGACGGAUAGGCUGUUGUCACCUUUAAGUAAAUGACAGCUGAAGUUCCGUAGCCCUCCAUGGAGUAGAGCUGUAGGUCGCCUUGGAAAUACUUGGCAUAGAGACGGGAAAUAGGAAGGCCGUAGCCGAAACCGGCCUGGGGAGAACAGGCACCAUUUGAAGUAGUAACAUAACAACAUACAAAAAUCAAUAAGUAAAUAUGCGACGCGACUGGUAUGAGUCAUUAGCAACUAAUUCGCUUGACAUGACAGUUCAGAUAAAUUCAGUUGUUUCUAAAGAGUAUCCUAAUAUUUUUAAUGAAUAUGAAUAAAGAGUAAAGUUGUUUUAUCGUUUUGAUUUCACAGCAUUUAUUGAUUUCAUUUUUUAGAUUUAUGCAGUCUUGAUUAGUAGCAUGAGAUAUUUGCGACUAAUCGCAUACCCACAGAGUCAUACUAAAUUCAAAAGUACACCUGUAGUCAAAAGUUCAAAAGUUUUGAGACACUUUCGCAUCCUAAUUAACGGUGAAGUGUCUCAAAACCUUUCACGACAGGCCUUGAAUAUACAUCUGUAGUAGGUAUAUCCUGAUCUGAUUUUUGCUCCCGAGUCAGUCUGAGUCAUCUGGUUUUGAGAAUCUGCCGGUCUAGAGUUUGGAUCCGAUACUGGGAAAAAAAAUAUCUUUUUUUGUUCUUAUAUAUUCAUUCAUUCAUUUUUCAUGCUGCUUUAUUAUAUAUACAGUAUUGUCCAAAACACUUUUCUAUCCUUUCCACCACACGAAAUGCCCACUUAGCAAACAUUACAAGUCGUCUCCUUGUUCAAUGGUAAAAUAUUUCGACAAAGAAGACAUUACCACUCUAGCAGCUACCCGUUAAGUUCCCGCGUUAGCUUCUAGAACGUUCCCCUAUUGGGGCUGUUUCCAGGAGUUCCUCUUCCGCUUUUUUGCGGAAGUGUAGCGGAGCACAAAACGUGUAUAUUUUUGUUUCUUUUGGCAAUGCCAUUGCAUUUCUGUAUUAUUUUGUUAAUUUUUAGCCCUUAAAAAUGAAAACAAAUAUUAAAACAACUUUUAAAAUUAAAACCCCGAUCCUUUUCACCCGAAUAUGAUCCCCCGAAAAAUGGCCUGUGCGGCCAGAUUUUUGAUCAUGUGAUUGGAUUGGGGACAUUCCUAAUCAAUCGUUAUACCCAAAUCCAUCCUGACUUCCCUCUUCCUGUCCAUCGAUAUAGCUCCUCGAUAAAUGAAGUCUUACAGUGGUAAAUAUAAGAAGCACACUCUUAAGUGAGCCUAAAAAAUGCUCAACUUUUUCUUUGGCGGCUCUAAUGUUAAUGUGCAAUUAUAAUAAUUAAUUUGUGAGUUCACUCCAAGUUAACUUGCCCAGCCUUUAUUUACUUAUUUAAUUUCUUAAAUUGACUUUUAAUGUCUCAAUCAGAUACUGGGUUUUAUGAGCACAACAUUACAGUUUAUAUAGCGUUCUGAAAGUACUUUAUGCAGGUAUCGUGCUGGACUCAAAGACUUUUUUGUAUCAAAAUUAAAGGUGUGUGAAAUUUCCGAUUCUUAGAAUAUUCGCGAUUCGGCCGCUGAAGAUUCGUGAACGAGUCACAAACAUCCAAAUUCUGAUUAUUUAAAUAUGCUAAGUAAAGUGGAAUGAAAACUUCUUCUUCGGGACGCAAUGAGAAACGGACACAUCCACAACUCGUGCCGCUAGAUAAAAAAACACCGACAGCCGCUGCAAACAACACCUAGUUGCUAUAAACGUUGCCACAAACUACGCCCACAUAAUGCUACGGUAGAUAUCACAUGUAUAUAAAACUAGAUGCGAAAUGACAGACUUGGCGGCGUUAGCAAAUUUAUAGAAAACUAGAUGCAAAAUGACACACUCGCCGGUGCUAGUAAACAGCCGCCAUGUUAAGGCAGUAGACCUCUCAGGAAGGCUCUGUUGUACUGAACCUUCCGAGCGAACUAAUUAACAUUUUAUCAAAAAUGCUCCUUAAUCGGCAAAAUCUUGACUUGAAUAUAUCUUUAAAUGAUGAAACAGUUUUAAAAAUUUCACAUGUCAAAACUAGAGGGAAGGGAAAUUAUGGAAUAACAGGAGCAAUUUUAGCGGUUGAUUCACAAUAUUAAAUUAAUGUAGUUUAAAGCUGCUGAUACAGAAAGGGGACUUGAGUAUUUUAUUUACAGUUUUGAACUGUUAACUUGAUACUGAAGUAGUUGUUCAUUUAAGCCUGACAGGAUUUUUGUACAAUUUUUGCAACUAAUGUACAAAACAUUAAAAACAGCUAAUAGCUGGGGGGGGGUGCAUCAAUAAUCAAUUCAUAAUCGAAUUGUAUCCUCUGAGUUGUAAUCGAAUCGUGAGGUGCCCCAAGGUUCCCACCUCUAAUCAUAACAACAUUUACUUGAAACCCAAAAAAAAAAAAAACUUCAGUUCAAAUAAGGCAAACUGAUAAAUAGUUAGAUAUUGCCCGAAGCAACUGCCUUGCAUUUGUUACAUUUUAAUCCAGUGAACUCUUGCCACGUGCAUCCUUUCAUAAUUUAUAAGCAGUGUGACUCUCACCAGUGGUGCGUUACGAGAGUUGUCUAUAUGUACAGGGCUAGGAGCUGUGGAGUACAUAUAGCUGAAUAGCCGCUCAAUUUUCCUCAGCGGGACGCCACCGCCUCUGUCAGACAUCUAAAAAUAGUGUACAUAGUAAAUAUUGCCUGUAAAGAACUAUGACAAGUUUAUUGCUGCUUCAGUAAGUGCCACAUAAACCCAUUUACCUUGAUAGUCAGGUCCUCAGUGCCCAGUGAGACGCGCACUUUGAUGGCAGGCAGCGUUGGGCUUGUCUCGUGGGUUUCCACUGUUGCUCGCAUCGCAUUCUGCAAAAGGUUAGCAAAGUAAUUAGCAAAAGAAAACAUGCUAAGGUGUGUUGUUGGUGGUUUUAAUGCACCGUACCUUGAAGAGCUCAAAUAGCAUAUGGUAAAGGUGUGACGGCACAUAAACAAUGUGGACAGGCUGCUCUGGAGUUUUGGCUGUAUAACAUAAAAAAUAUAAACCAUAGACUUCAUAAUGGAUUGACGGCUCAGAUCGGUCAUGCACUGCACCUCACAUUCAAGUAGGGGGGCGCCCACAUCAAGAUGAGCUAUUCACACACGCACGCAGCGAUCUAAUGCCGGAUUUCUAUUGAAAAAGUACGAAAGCUGUACCGCAUACAAACAGGAAGGACUGUCUCAGGAGUGAUUUGUUCGAGGAUUCAAGGUAACUGUUAUAUUUUUUGUACCAUGCAUGCAUUUUUGAAACGUUGUGAAAAAAAUUCAAUGGGAGAAAUUAGCCGCUACUGCAUUGGCAUCAUAGUUCGCAAUACUUACGUAAAAUAAAUGCUAACUGCACUUUUUUUGUUGUUGUUGUUGCUUUUAACCAAGAAUCAAGACUGUUUUACGUCCAGAUCUGAAAAGAAUUUGUGGAUUUCAGCAUUCAUUAACAAGAAUUUUCACCGGAAAAGCUCUGUUUACAUCAGGUGACCGCUAGCUACAUUCACUAACAGAAUAGCCUAGUACAUUUGCGUAAAAUAAACGCUAACUAAUGAAUGAAUGCAUGUUGUUGUUUUCUUGCUUUUAACCAAGAAUCGAGAACGUUUCACUUCCAUACCUAUAAAAAAUUCGGGGAUUUAAGCAUUUAUUCAAAAGAAUUUUCACCGGAAAAGCUCUGUUUGUAUCAGGCGGCCGCUAGCUACAUUCACUAACAGACUAACAUUGUACUUUGACAUAUUUACGUAAAAUAAACGCUAACUGCACGUUUUUUUUUUUAUUUUAACCAAGAAUUGAGACUGUUUUACGUCCAUAUCUAUAAAGAAUUCGGGGAUUAAAGCAUUUAUUCACAAGAAUUUUCAACGAAAAAAAGCUCUUUGUGAUUCCACUCGGUCAGCUUUGACGGCCUCGCCAACAAUGCAGGCCCCCUAUUCAUCGGCCACCGUGAGUACAUUAUGAAGUCUAUGUAUGAACAUUUUUAAUGCUAUAAUGUAUAGAAAAAAUGAGUAUUUAAGACUUACAGUUUACUUGUGUGAUUUCCAUAUCUGGUGAGGUAAGGUAAUACUGCUCACACAGCAUUUUUGAUGUUUCAUAAGCAUCUACAUGGACAAAAAAAUAGCUGUCACUAGCAGAAUAAGGGAAGUUAUGGCGACAAAAUAUAUUAAGAUAAACACAUAAGCAUGUAUCAUGGUUUCAUUUUCAAUUCAACUUGUUAACACAACAUGCAAACCCAAGAAAUUCCACUCAUAAAUCGCCCGAUAACAUGUUUUGACUCGGUGCUCUUUAUAUAUCAACUAUAAAAAUAUUAAAUUCAGAUGCUAAUCUGUACAAGCACCCAACUGUUGUGUGGAUGUUUAAAAGAGAAACUCAGGACCAUCAUUCAUUACCUUUUAUGACCUCCACAACGUCACAGGUGGGAUCGAUGCUGCCGAUAUGCUUGGGGUGCGCCGGGUUCACGCUGCCGUCAAAGAUUAAUGCUACAAAAACAAUUCCAAUUUUUAACCUUCAUACACACUGUUCUUUGCCUUAUCUGUAAUCAUACAGCACAGACCUUUAAUGCCAUAAAAACCUAUACAUAAUGGACCUGAAAAUAACACGAGUGUGAGGAUCAACUCACUGAUAAUCACCAAGUGCUAUACUGACUGUGCUGGUUCAUGAGCAUGCGUGUGGAGAUGCGGCUCAUGUAGAAGCGAUCCAGAAAGUACUGGACGUUCUGGUUGGUCACGGGGUCCACUCCAAAGGCCUCCUUGAACUCCACCACACCCUGAGCCAUGGUGGGCACCACGUUGUUGUGUCGGUUGCGGAUCUUGAUUAGGGUUUGCGUGAAGCUGAGGACAAAGACAUAAUGGAACAACAGUCACUAUUAUUGAAAGUUGCUUUUUAAAAAAAAAACGACAGUACACACAAACAUGGAAGAUACAUACUGAUUUACAGUAACAUUUAAAAUGAUUACUGUACUAAACCCAUGGCAUUAAACUACAGUCAGCGCGUGCACGUGUGUUUGAGUGAAUGCGCUGUAAAUGCCUUACUUUGUCAGAAUGUUCUUAUCGUCUGGAUCGCACUCUAAAAACUCUACAAGCUCCAGCAAACUCUGUGAAUACCUGGGAAGCAAAAAGAAGAAACAAAACAUGAAGCUAUUGAAAUACUUUAAACUUAAAUGAAGCUUAAACUGUCAAACAAAGAUUUGCAGGCUAGCAAAUGCAAAGCUUGCAGAGUCACACACUUGAGUGCUGAGGAAGUAGGUGAAAGUUGAACAAUACAACAUCGCGAUUGGGCUGCCCAUCAACUGACCCUUAAUUUAUUUCCUGUUUUGGAAACAUGUGGUGACCUAAAAACUAUUCUCAUGCAGUGAAUAAAAACAACAAGACUCUAUUGCGGUUCUCAUUUACAUCAGCAUGUGAGCUGUGAUGGUGACCAAAAACCACAGUGCAGCAAGCAUGUGGGCCAAAUAUACAUACAUACAUACUGGACAUGCCAUGAAGGAAGUGGGGGAAGCAUGCUGACAGUUGUUUUCUUGUUGAAAGGAUUUCACGUGACUUGUGCACAAACACGUAACAGAUAGUGAUGACAAAAUAACUGUCAGACUAGGGCAAAGUCUGUCGUGGAGUAUUACCCUCGAAUUUGUUAAUGUUACGAUAAUGGGAGCACUAAAAUAGAAACAUGACAAGUCCAUGCUAAACUAGCUAAGGUUUAAGCACAGUUCGUGAUGGCUGUAUUGUAGCUUUACAUAAAAAAUAAAAUAUAUAUAUGGCGGAAAACACUCAGGUGACUUGAAGUUUUAUGGGUGAAACAUGGUAAUUUAGCAAGGGUUGCGAUGCAGAAAUCGCAGAAAUCAGGCAGUGGUCGAGUUUAUUUUUCAUAUAUUUACCCUUUUAAACGUUUCUUUUUCAAUUUUUUUUUUGUUUGGGUCGAUUAUUUAUCAUCUAUCAUAUCGGCGAAAUGCGACAGUAAUACAAUUAAGCGAUAGUUAUGAGGUAGAUAUCCGUGACUUUUUUACAGACGCCAUUUUUUUCCAUUGUGAAAUAAUUUGUUUAAAGUUUAAAAUAUGUGAGUGAAUAAUUUUUUAAAGUCGUUUUUUUUUUUAAACGAAAUAUGAGACAUCAAUUAAUGAUUGUAAGCUAAAAACGACAGACAUUUUGAAUAAUAAAUAUAAUUAAUUACCUUCGUUUUAUGGCUGGGUUGAAACAAAAGCGGUUGCGCUAUGUCUGUAAACGGGGGUUUUCAGGGUAAAACGGACAAAUUAAAAAUAGUUCGGGGGCUUAAUGCGCCAUGAAUCUGCUAUGGCAGCAUAUAGACAUGCUGUUCUAUCGAACAACAGUUUUUUUGGCUUCAAAUACAGCAGUUUCUUUUAUUAAAGAGGAGUGCAAGAGCAGAAACUGCUUUUUCAGUCUUGUCUGUGUUUUCCGCCAUAUAUAUUUGUAUCUAUACACACCAUAGACUUCAUAAUGAUAUUGACGGGUCACAUCCAUCAUACACUGCGCCUCGCCUUCAAGUAGGGGGCCUGCCCACAACAAGAGGAGUUAUUUACAAACACGCACGCAGCGAUCUAACCCCGGAUUUAGGUUGGAAAAGUACGAAAGCUGUACCGCAUACAAACAAGGAUUGUGUCAGGAUUGAUUUGUUCGAGGAUUCAAGGUAAUCAUUAAAUUUUUCGUACCAGGCAUGCAUUUUGAAAAAUUGUGAAAAAAAAUCAAUGGGAGAAAUUAGCCGCUAUGGCAUUGGCGUCAUAGUUCGCGAUAUUGAAGUAAAAUAAAUGGUAACUGCAAGUUUUUUUGUUUUUUUUUUGCUUUUAACCAAGAAUCGAGACUGUUUUACGUCCAUAUCUUCAAAUAAUUCAGGGAUUUAAGCAUCUAUUCACAAGAAUUUUCAACAGAAAUAGCUCUUUGUGAUGAUAAGGCGGCACUACAGUGGCCUAAAGACUAGCAGCACAUUCGACAUAUUUACGUAAAAUAAAUGCUAGCUGCCCGGUUCUUUGCUCUUUUAACAAAGAAUUGAGACUGUACGCCCAUAUCUAUAUAGAAUUGAGGGAUUUACACAUUUAUUCACAAGAAUUUUCAGCGUAAAAAGCUCUUUGUAUUUCCACUCUAUCAGCUUUCACGGCGAUAGGCCCAUUAUUAAUCAGCCCCGCUCCCCGUCAAUAUCAUCAUGAAGUCUAUGUAUAUACACAAAUGAACUACAAGUAAACCAAAAAUUUGAAUGGGCGGUAGUCUGACAUACAGCAAUUCUGAGUUGAUUUGCUGAUAUUUUCAAGUAUUACAAUGACUGGACUUGCUCAAGUGUCAUGACUUGACAUGACUCACCAUAUGAGGUAUCAAAUUUAGUACUGAAAUCAAUGCAAUUCACGGUCUUGAGAUGACUAGGGAGUAUAAUAAAACAUCUGCAAAUUGAGUUCACAAGUUCACAAUUGAGUCACAAGUCACUGACUUAAUAUUAUGUUUGCGGUCUGCUUAAAUGUUUGUUAUCAAACCCAUAUGCAAGCAUGUACCUUGAUAUGGGUGUGUACAGACUAGAGCUGUCCCGACUAGUCGACGUAGUCGACGUCAUCGAUGACGUAAAUCCGUCGACGAGCACAACAUGCCGUCGACGGUUAAUGAAGGGUUAAAAAAAUAUAUGCGUGGAAAGUUAGAAUGUCGGAUGCUCUGUUUGCAAGCGGGGAAAGCGGCACAAAGCCAAAAAAAGCGCACCAGAGUGUCCAAAACAUUGACUUAUUUCAAAGAAACAAAGGAGAGUACACUCUUCUGUCCUGUCUCUUCAGUGCCAAGCUUGACUGCACGUCGGCCGUGAAUAAACACCUCAAGCGCCAUCACGCAGUUUGUGUUUUUUUUUUUUUUUCAUUUUUUGUACACCAGAGGGUGCUGUCGCCUUACUAAAUAAUAAUGUUUCAUUGACAAUGGGCCUAUAAGUGCUAUUAGUAUUGUUCUUAAUGCUAAUUGAAAGAUUUAUUUCAUGUUAUGGUUUAUUUUAUGGUAUAGAAAAUUAUAUAAGGUUAAAAGGUCAUAAAUAUAUACAGUAUAUACAGUGAUUGCACUCAAGGGAGAGAUUGUCAAUGAUAAGGUAAUAAGGUAAAGGCAAUUCAUAUAGGCAAUUCAUUGAUAUAUAAAUAAGGUUUAAAAGGAAAAAGGUGAAAAGUUUUUGUUAAUUUCCUAUUGUGUUGCUUUAUUUGUGUGCACCGUACCUCUUACAGUGUGUUUACAUCAAGGAUGGAAUAAAAGUUGUAAACCAUCAGUUUAAGAGACCAUCUUUUCAAUCGGGAUGCUACACAAGU